CCAUAUGUUCAGCAUAUAUGAGAGCGCUCAUCCACACAAAUCACAUUUACAGCUGCAUCUCACUUCACAGCAAGUCUUCACAUCACCAUCAUCAUGAACAGAGUUGUGUUUGGAGUCAUCGCCGUCGUCGCGCUCUUCACUUUAUCUGAAGCUCUGAAGUGUAACACAUGUCAAGUCGGCAUUCUGGGAAAAUGCUUUUUUAAAUCUCAAGCCACGUGUGUUGCUGCUGAAACCAGCUGCUUCACUGCUAAAGCAGAGUUCAACGUGACAGGAUUUUUAAGUUUGUCUACGAGCGGUUGCACGUCAGACUGCAAUAUUACAAGAGGAAGUGUUCUGGGUGCCGGAUACACCGUCACUAAAACCUGCUGUACUACAGAACUGUGCAACGGAGCCAGUGCUGCACACAUGUCUGUAGCUGGAGCCGUGAGCGCCGCCCUGCUGGCCACAUUCUGGAGCACUUACAUGUGAUGCUCCUCUCACAACACAUCGAGAUGAAAUCUUAGAACCUUCUGACACUAUACUGUAUUUUUUACAUUUCUUUUAACACUGUGCCACUUAUAACUAUUAUUACACAAUGAUAUUUUUUCCGUGAUCGAUUGUCUCUAUAUAUGAAAUCAAUAUGAAUUCACUCUGUCUGUUGUUGCAUUUUAUUAUUUUCCUUGCAUGAUUGGUAUAAAUAAUAAUACGGAAGACAAUGUCUCUACCUGAUGUAAAACAUGACAUUUGGGUGAAAUAAAUAACUUCAACUACCAAA